AUGCUUAAGGAAGAUUAUGGUUACCCAGAUACUCUUGACUUUAGUGACAGAUAUAAAGAAGCUAUUAGAAAGUUCAAGGAAGGAAAUACUGACCCGAACCUAUUUAGCUUUAUGGUUCAGCAUCAAAUCGGAUAUAAUCUCAAACCUGGAAAAUACAAGCUCGCUAAGGGAUAUGAUUUAAUAGCAUAUCAUCCAAAUGACAUGGAUGAAUUUACUCCGAGAUAUUUGAUGUCAGAGCUAAAUGAUAAUUCAACUCUCUUCAUGAAACGCGUAAAAAAUAGAGACGGAACGAAAGAAGAAAGGUUUAUGAGUCCGGAUGACUUAGAUAGGGAACUUGUUAAAAACGGUCUCGGAAUAUAUGAAAUGCCAGCAGAUGAGGUACAAGAAACUCAACAGGAAGAAGUUCAGAUACAACCAGACAUGGAAGAAAUAGUUCAGCAACAACAGCUAGAAGAGCCUGAAGGAAACGAACAAGUCCCUCCUUUGGAAACUAACUUCACAGAACUAGAUGAAGAUUUGGAACAGCCGAAAAAUCUUGACCCUCAACAAGAGUAUGAGGUGAAUAUGGAAUCUUUCCAAGAGUCUAAGAAAAAUUCGGCUGACAUA